ACCAUCUUCUCCCGCCCAAUCUUCUUGCCCACGUCUCAACGUCGGUUCUCCGGCAGAGCUGAAAAAGAGGAAGAGACAGAUUUCGCGGCAGUCACCGGCGUAGAUUAAUCCAUUUAUUUCCAUCUCCCGCGCCUACAUUUCUUCAUGCUUUGGAAUCCCACUGCGAGCUUCAAUUAAUUUCACUGCGCACUACAUUAGGGUUUGAAAGUCUUUUAUACAGUUGAAAAUCCAGUGACGAAAUACGGAUUCAUCUCAGAAUGCUGCAACCUGAGUAGUUCAGUAAAGUCAAGAAAGAUUGGUAGCUGAGAAUGGCAAGGCGAAAGGCGAAGAAAACAGUUAAGAAGUCCAACCCUUCACCCGUACUAGAAGCAAAGGAUGAAACAGCGAAUGACGAGGAUGUUGAACGGCAUGCUGCUGCAAUCCGUGCCAUUCGGGAUGUGGAGAUCGGGCGUUUGAUUACUGAAUUGCGGUUGCUUCGUUCGUAUUUCAACAAGGAGCAAUUACAAACUCCUUUAUUGCAAUUCUUCGAAGAAAAACUUCCUAGGUUGUCUAUUUCGAGAACAGGCGAACAAGGAGAAAUUGAAGUACAAUGGAAGGAUACAGAGGAUGAGUUACGCACCAAUCCAGCUGAUGGAAUAGAUAUACAUGCGUCUCUCCUUCACCGCCUGUCGAUAGCUUAUCCUAACUGCUCUGCCGGAAUGCGAUCUUUCAAUGGAUUCGAAUUUUCCAGUAAAUCAGUGAAAACGAAUCCUUUCAUUGUCGAGAACCUGCAAAUUCCGAACUUCGAUUUGGAGGAGCCCUCGGAUAAUAUGGUGCUCGGCAUGCCAGACAUACUCCAAACUCCUGGGGUGAUUAACCAACGAUUGUCCAUUGGGAUGACUCCGAAAACCCGAAGACUGCCAAAACCAGGCGAGAUGCUUGUGUCCAUCCAUGGAUCCCCUUUGGGUGUUUACAAGGAAGACAACAUGGAAGCAAUCCAUGAAUCGGAAGAGGGUUGAUUUGCUGAUUCAAGGCAACCUGACUGCUUGUCAAUAGAAGUGAUACUCCAACAAUCAUCUCGACCAUUGUUUUACUCAUACCUGAUGUACUUUCAACCUUCUUGUCUUGUAUCUAACCUUUUGAUUACUCGUUAAAAGUUACUCUUAUGUGUAUAACUAUAAACUAUUGUGUUUUUAACUACAAGGAACGAGCAUGUACAAACAUGCAAUUGGUCAACUAGAUUCUUGUGCAUUGUUAUUUGUUGCGAAAGUUGUAUUGGAUUAAAGGUGAAUCACAGGUUACAUCAUCAUUAUUCGAUUCAAAAAUUUGAAGAAUUUUAUGUAGAAAAUUUGGAUUGUUGCUCGUCUUCA